UCUCAAAUUUUCUCUCUUUAAGGUGAGUAUGCUGGUACUCAAGGUUUGGGAUUACUUCGCCUACACAGCACUUAUCGACAUGAUUUAAAAAUAUAUGCAUCUGAUGAAGGAAGAGUUCAGAUGACUGCUGCAGCUUUUGCUAAAGGUCUUCUAGCUUUGGAAGGGGAAUUGACUCCUAUUUUAGUGCAGAUGGUUAAAAGUGCAAACACUAAUGGGUUACUUGAUAAUGACUGUGAUUCUAGUAAUUACCAAAACAUGGUUAAACAAAAACUUCACAAUACGCUACAGAUUGAUAGAGAAUUUACAGAAGAUGAUUUUGAAAAGGAAGAGCAUUUAAAUCCUACAAAAGCAAGGUCAAUACACAAUGCUCUUCAAUUCAUAAAAAAUCCUGUCAAAGCCUGUGAGCAUGUGUAUGAUUUAGUACAGCAGCUGAAUAUUCUUAUUAAAAGAAAAAAGGAGGAUCCAAGAUUACAAGAGGCUCCAUUGUAUCACGGGGAAACUUGGGAUCUAAUGCAAAGGAGAUGGUCAAAAUUAGAGAAGGAUUUCAAACUAAAAUCUGGGAAAUUUGACAUUAGUAAAGUUCCUGAUAUAUAUGAUUGUAUUAAAUAUGAUUUGCAGCAUAAUCAUCACAACCUUCAAUUUCCACAUGCAGAGGAGCUUUAUAUAUAUGCUAAAGCAUUGGCAGACAUAGUUAUACCUCAGGAAUAUGGCAUAAAUCAGCAAGAGAAGCUCACUAUUGGUUUAGGGAUAUGUACUCCUCUUUUAAAAAAGAUUCGAGCUGAUCUUCAUCGAAACAUAGAUCCUUCUGCUGAUGAAACAGAAAAUGUAAAUAGAUUAAAUCCACAGUAUUCCCAUGGUGUGUCGUCUCCAGAAAGACAUGUGAGGACACGUUUGUAUUUCACAAGUGAAAGUCAUAUUCAUUCAUUAUUGACAGUUUUGCGAUAUGGGGGGUUGCUUGAUUGGCCGGAUACAUGUUUUUUGUGCAGCUGUCUACCUGAAGAAACAGAAGAUGAACAAUGGAGAAGAGCUAUGGAAUAUGUUAGUGCUGUGUCUGAAUUAAAUUACAUGACACAAGUUGUUAUCAUGCUAUAUGAAGACCCAACAAAGGAUAUUUCAUCUGAAGAAAGAUUUCAUGUGGAACUGCAUUUUAGCCCUGGUGUUGUAUGCUGUGUUCAAAAAAAUUUACCUCCUGGGCCUGGCUUCAGACCUCAGUCUCGUAGUGGCCCUAAGGACAGGUUGAAUUGUCCAGUAAUUAUGAUGUCUGGUGAUAAACAUGCUCCUAGCUGUAGUUAUGAAUGUGAAAAGCAUGCUCGUAUUGAUGAGGAAGAUGAUGAUCUGACUUUAGAAGAAGAAAUGAAUUAUCACGAUAUUGGAAGCGAUCCAGAUUCUCCAACUAUUCUGGAAGAAAGUGAGGUGAAAGAAGAGAAGAAACUGACACCUGGUCGCUCUAAACCAUCAGAACCUAUACCAAUCCAGAAGACAAUCACAAAACCUGUCACAAAUGUACCUCAUAAGCCUUGUAUAAUAAUGAAAAGUAAUAAUGAUUCUCCAAGGCCUAGAAGUCUUGAUAGUGAAAGUGUCAGUAAAAAGGCCACAAAUGUGAACAAAGGUAGCCCUCAUACUCAGAGUCUUGAAGAUGUAUCUGUAGGCAAUAAGACCACCGAAGAACGAAGAGAAAGUUUUCAACAUAGACAUUCUAUACCAGGGCAACUUUCUUCUUAUCUUAGGAUGUGCAGUGCUGCAGAUUUGCCAAAAGUUUAUGGUUCAACAAAUGCCUGUUGUAAUUUCCUAGGUUCAACAAACAGUCUUUUUAGCACAGCUGUGAUAAGUGGAUCAUCAAGUGCACCAGAGCUAAAAAAUGCAGUUCCACCGUCAUCAACUGAUGGUUACUGUAGCGUGCCAACUAUUAGACCUCUUGAGACAUUGCAUAAUGCUCUGUCACUUAAACAACUGGACAGCUUUUUAGAGCGAAUGACCAGUGCAUCUUUUCGUAUGUCUCUACAAGCAAUGUGCAAAUUGCCAGCAUCUUCAUCGUCAUCAUCAGGGAACUCAUCAAGUUCGCAACCAUCUGCAUUACCCAUAGUAUCACCUUCUAACAGUAUUCUGUGGAGUGGGCCACCAUCUUUUGUAUCCAGUAGUGGACCAUCAUCCCCAAAUUUAUCCACUCUAGAUAUAUGGACAAAGUUGCGUCAUAUGGCUGAAGUGGAUUCUGUACUUGAUUUUUCAGGUCCUGGAAGUCGAAACAGUCUGAGCAAUCCUCCUUCUCCUCAUGAUCCUUGUUAUUAUAAUAACAGCCUUUGAUAUGUAAUAAUAUUUAGAGGAAAUAUUUUUAUAGAAAUUUAUUAAUUUCUAGACUGGAUUAAGUGUUUUGAAUCUGUUAAGAAAUUAGGUAAAUAGAAAUUUCAUUUUUGAAAUAAGAUUUUAAUACUUUCUUUACUUUUGAAAAUAUUUAGAAACAAAAGCAUAUUUAUACCAAAAUAAAAGCACAUUUUUAGACUUAUUUUUUUAUCAAUAAUUAAUUUAAUAUUGAAAUUUCAAAUCAAUUGCAUCUCUACUUUCUAUAAAAAAGAAAGAGAGAGAGGUACUGUUAAUUAAUAGCAUUUUCAUUUGAAAUAUUUAACAAAAUUUGUAUAUUCUCUUUCUUGCAUAAUGAAAUAAUAUUUUACUUUUGUGUGAAAAUAGAUAUUUAUUUAUGUUUAAAAUAAAAUAUGCAUAAAAUAAAUUUUAUAAUAUGUAACACUUUUUCUUUUUGUCUAUAGUUUUGUAAUCAGUAAUCAGUAAAAUCUAAUUUGAUAGUUGAAUCUCUGUGUAGCAUAUAAGUGAAAUUUUAUUUCUUAAAGUCAUUCCUGUAUCUGGUUCAGCUUGUGUAGAAAAUUAAGUCUUAAUUAUUAUUACUAUGCAUGAAAUGUUUGUGGGAAUAAUAUAUUAAAAAUUAUAAAGUUUUAAUUAUGUUAUAGGGCAGGGUGAUUGAUUAAUUGUUUGCAGAUUGCAAAGCUGCAUUUACAGGAUUGCCUUAUAAAUUUUCUUCAUUUUAUAGACUGUGAAUUUAUGAAUUUCAUUUCAGUUUGAAUUAAGUUGUUUUGAAUAUUUAACCUAAACUGCAUGAAAAACAUUUAAUUAAGAAUAAUAAUCAGACUCUAUUUUUGAGUAGCUGAGUUGAUAAUUCUCUAGCCUGAAAGAGUACAUCUUUCUUUGUGCUUUGUCUCUUUAUGCUGAAAGAAUGUGCUAAGAAGAAGUAUAUGUUACUAGUAAAUGUAGUAAAGUUUAAUUCUUCGCAAAAAUCCAUAUAUUACCAGUAUUUUUGUAAGUUUCUAGAAGAUCUGGAAUUAGGAAAGUUCAGCCAUAGAUUGGCAUUACUCUUAACAAGAAGCCUUAUAGUAUUCAUUUCAGUAUUAUAAUAAAAAAGCUGUAUGCUUUACAAGAAACAUUUGACAGAAAUAUAUCUGUAUCAAAUGUGUGUUGUUAUAUUGAAGUAUUUUUGUUCAUUUAAUCAGGAGACACCAAAAAAUCUUUCUGUCUUCUUCUUUUUAUUAUUAUAGAAAAUACAUAAUGAAAUUUUAAGAAAAUAGAAAACAUUUAUCCACACAUUUGCAUUGAGGUAACAACAGAAAGUUCAUUUGUCUGUAAAGCAAGGGAAAGUCAACAAACAACAGAAAUGAGGUGGUAAUUGAAUAAGGAGAAAAGUAACAGUUCUUGCUGUUUCCUCAGCUGUAGCAUUUUCUUCAACAAAAUAGUAAUAAAAAGUAAAUUCUUUUUACUAGCGUUUCAUCAACAAAAUUAGUAAUCAAAAGUAAAUUACUUUUUUUUUACUUGCCAUUGAUUUUUCUUUUUCAAUUUCAGGGUUUAUAUUAGAUGAUAUAAACAAAGGAAUGCAUAUACUUGUAUAGGUGUAAAUGUUUAAAAGUAAAUAAAUAAUAGUUUUAUUGCAUUAUAUUUUACAAGCAGUGUGUGGGAUUUUAAUGUGUGGUAAAAGUAUUUUGACCAUUCAGAUUUUUUUUUUUUUUUUUCCGAUUACAAAACUUUAUUAAAUGUCAUAAUCAAAAUAUAAUGUUUAUUGCUCAGAAUAAAGCACCUAUUAACAUUUAAUGAUGUAAGAAUAAAUUUUGGCUAACAGGUGUGAAUAUACACUUAACAAAAAGUGAUCAGCAGUUAUGAAAUUUUCUGCAGAAAGUUCAUACAAAACAUAGUGUUGUGUCUUGCUAAUAACCCCGAAUUGUGUCCUUCAUGUUUGGCAUUUGUUAUUCUUAACAUGUUUAUUAUAUUUAAAUUUAAUUUUUUGAUGCACUUAGUUUCUAAUUGUGGUUUAUUACAAAAUCUUAAUUGCUUAGUUUCUGUUUAAGAUUUAUAUAUUUUUCCCCUUGAUUAGGACUUUUAAGAAAAUACUCAAAUAAUUAUCAAGAUUUUUUAAUACGCAGUAAAUGAAAUCUUUUGCAUUGCUGUGUAUAUCUUCUAGUCAGAGGUGUAAUUUAAAUUAUGUCAAGACUUUUGAAGAAUCUGUUAGCCUUGAUUGAAUGUUAAAGCAGUUUUUGUCGCGAAUAGUUGUAUUUAUUUGUUUUACUAUUAGUGUACCAUUUUUCCUUUUUUAUAUGCAGUUUGAAUUACCAAAAUUCACGUAAAUCAAUAAUGGAAUUGUGAACAUGGUGUUUUAAUUUAGUAAAAAUAUUUCUUAAGAACAGUGCAAUUUUUCAAACAGUCUUUUUUUAGCAAGUUUAGUGCUUUUAUUAGCAUAAUACAACUGUACAUAUUUAUUCAUGAAAAAUAGGAUGUGGUCGUAUGCACAAAAUAUUUGUAGUAAUGUUUUUAAUUAUAUUUGUUUAUUUGUCAGGAAUGUUUUCAACUGUGAUACCAAUUUUUUUAAGAUAGUAACAGAACUUCCAAAUACUAAUUUUUUAUGAGAUUAUUGAUUUAUUUGAAUUUAUAUCAUAUUUAGUAUUGCUCUCCCUGAAAUCAGAUUUUGGUAAUUCCUGCUGUGUAUAGAUGUAAAGAUAUUGUUUUUUAAAAUGUAAGAAGAAAUAUAGUUUUAAAAAUUAUAUUUUUCAUAUAUGUAAUUUAGGUUUUAAAAUUGCAAUUGUUUUGUGUGCUGCUUUUUGCCCUUUUUAUAAUGUAGAUAGAAGUGUUUGUUUUUAUUAGAUUUUUAGAUGCUUAUUUAAAUUUAAAUAUGUAGUGUAUAAAAUGUGUAUUGUAUAUUCUGUGGAAGCUCUUUUUUUUUCCCCUUUCUCUCUGUAUAUGUGAACUAGUAAUUCUUGUUUGCUAUUAUUGCAUUAAUGCGGGUAUUUAUUAUAAGUUGUUAUUUAUGCAUAUACUGUAAAUGUUCUGACUAAUGAUGAUUUAUGUAUAAAUAUGUAUUAUCAGUUUUUUUUAAUCAUAAUUUCAGUACAGUAAAAUUUAAAUGUUUUAAGUUUUUAAAGUAUAAACUUAUUAAUGUUUAUGAAUACAUUAAUUACUUUUUGAGAGAAUGUUUAAUAAUUAAUGUUUCUUUCUAAUAUUUCUUAUUUGACUUUUAAUGUAAAAGGUAAAAAAAAUGUAUUGAAAAGUGACUAGCUCAUGAGUAGUUAAGUUUCUGCUUUUUCAUAGCAUUGUUAAUUUCAAAUAUUUAGGAGGGGAGUCAAUAGUUGCAUGAAAAUUUUUUGUGUUAAAAAAUUGACAUCAAAUUAAAUACUUUUUUUUUUUUUUUUUUUUUUUUUUUUUUUUCGUUUCUUGGUCAUAUAUCUAAUUUUAGAAUCUCAUUAUUGAAAAAAGACAAAUAUAUAAUUAUAUAGUUGUCAUGCAAGAGUCUUUGUUUUAUUGUGUGUUGUAAUAUCAGAGUUUUGUCUGUUUUUGUCCACCAGAGAGUUCUUGAUGAAUAAGUAAAAAUUUUGCUUAAAAUGUUUUUAAUCAAGCUACAAUGAAUAAUUUUCUGGUAGUUGCAUAUUUUAUUUCAAAAACAGAAUAUUGUUAUUGCAAAACAUCUAAAAUACAGUAAUUUUUUAUAAUUGCAUUUUGUUGAAUUCUGAUUUCAGCUAAGAUAUUUUUCUGUAUUAUGGAAAAAAAAAAUUAAUUAGCUGCAGCUCUUUCUUUAUGUUUUAUUAAAUGGUAUAGUUUUUGUAAUAUGAGGAAAAAGAAUCUGUAAUUGUAAAGGGUAUAACUAAAAUGAAGAAUCUCGUAUCAUAAAUGUGUUCUAAUUUUUAAUGAAUUAUGAUUGAAUAUGUAAAAAAAGGAUGUUUGUGCUUGCUACAGUAUUUCAUAGUGCAAGAAAUAUUGCUGUGUUGUAAUUUGUUACUAUGUAUUAUAAAAUAUUGUAUAGUCUGUAUUAAAAAGUACUUUAUUAAAAAA